UGGGCGGGUUAGGCUAUGACCCAAAUUUUAGCCCAUUUUGACCCAAUGCAUCUCAACCCAAGUAAUUUUUGGGCGGGUCAUUUGACCCGCACAGUUAUUGACUCAACCGAUUUAAUCCGCCCAAAAUCGGCCCAACCCGUUCAUUUGACGCCCCAGUGGUGCCCCAUAUGAUAAGAAACUUUAUCUCUAGAGAUUUUGUUAGAGCCACUCUUUCCCUUUGCAUCCCUGGGAUUGUUACACCUAAAAAAAUAAGGACAAAACAUCAGAAGAAGGCUAACAAGAAAGAAGAAAACAAGUUACACUUUGGCUAGCAUGUUGAAGCAUAGAAUAACAUGCAAUUCACAAUGCUUACCAUAUCUUUUGCCUUACUUUCCCAGCCAUAAUAACAACCCAAUUAAAACUGCUGUCACCUUUCACUCUUCCUCCUCCAUCACUGCUCGGAAAUAUUCGAGUGCCGGACGGCCUCUGGCCUCCGUAUUUUGCCGUGCAAGGAGGAGAGUUAUAUACGAUAAUGAUGACGACGAAGAAGAAGAUGAUCAAGAAUAUGGACACAAUACAGAAAUAGCAAUGUUAGAGUUUUAUAGUCAAUCAGUGAGAAAUGAAGCUCUUCUUGUGAAAGCUGUUGUGAAUGAGGAAGAAGUAGAAGUUUUAAUAUUCAAGGGAUUUUCUUCAUGUUUGAGUUAUGGGACUUGUCCAGAUCCAUCAAAGAGUGUGCUUCCAGCUAGGGCAGUGAUUAACUGUGUAGAUAGAAUAAAAGGACCUUUUGACCCUUCUAACAUUGAAUAUUUGGAGAAAGGAUUAACUGUGGAGGACAUCAAGGCUAGGGUUCUCCCAAUGGCAAAUUAGGUAUAUUCGUAAACCGGAUUCAGAAUUUGAACUUUAUGGGUUCAAUAUUUAAGGUUCUUAGCAUUGAAUUCGUUAUAUUAUAAAGUUAUGGGGUUUAUAUCUGAGUACUAUUUAUUAUAAUUUUCGUAGUUUUUUACCUAUACUAUUAUGUUCCGCGUCGAAAAUACUGUAAUGAAUUCAGAUGAACCCCGAACAAUUACAUUAGCUUGCCCCCUGCCUAGGAAAAGUUCAAAUUCAAUUUGCAGUUUUUGUAUCAUAUACAUGCCCAAAUUUGACACUAACAUAUAUAUGUUUCAAAAUAA